GGGGCGGGCCACGUCGCCAGGCGGUCCGCGGCUUCCGUGAGCUCAGGCUUCCCUCAGCGUCCGGAGCGCCGGCCCCUUCGGCUCCCGCGCGGCCAUGGCGGGGCCGGGCCCGGGCCCGGGGGACCCGGACGAGCAGUACGAUUUCCUGUUCAAGCUGGUGCUGGUGGGCGACGCGAGCGUGGGCAAGACGUGCGUGGUGCAGCGCUUCAAGACCGGUGCUUUCUCGGAGCGCCAGGGCAGCACCAUCGGCGUCGACUUCACCAUGAAGACGCUGGAGAUCCAGGGCAAGCGGGUCAAGCUGCAGAUCUGGGACACAGCUGGCCAGGAACGAUUCCGCACCAUCACCCAGAGCUACUACCGCAGUGCCAACGGGGCCAUCCUCGCUUACGACAUCACAAAGAGGAGCUCCUUUCUGUCAGUGCCUCACUGGAUCGAGGAUGUGAGGAAGUACGCAGGCUCUAACAUCGUGCAGCUGCUGAUCGGGAACAAGUCGGACCUGAGCGAGCUCCGGGAGGUCCCGCUGGCCGAGGCACAGAGCCUGGUGGAGCACUAUGACAUCCUGUGUGCCAUCGAGACGUCUGCCAAGGACUCGAGCAACGUGGAGGAGGCCUUCGUGAGGGUGGCCACAGAGCUGGUCGUCAGGCACGGCGGCCCUCUGCUCAGUGAGAAGGGCACCGACCACAUCCAGCUGGAUAGCAAGGACGUCGGAGACGGCUGGGGCUGUGGCUGCUGACCGGGGUGCAGGGCAGGCAGGCAGGGGCCUCCCCACCUCGUCUCUCUCUCUGUCUCUGGCCUGCCGGGCCCACCCCUCCAGAGCUGGCCCUCCAUGGCGCCAGCAAUUCUAGAGCAGCUGGAUAAAGUCCUGGAAUACUCCA